UUUGUUUAGGUGCUGGGGAGGGAAGCGGUCACUUUUAGCAGGGUAUGUUUUUGGUGUUUAUAGUAUUAGGUUGGGGUGUAAAAUGUUCCCUAGUGAUUUAUAAACACCUUCAUGGAGUUCUGGAGACAAACAGUCCCUUUUCUGUUUUAUUUCAGAACGGACAGAGAUGUUUAAUAGCUUGUCCGUUUGACUUUUUACUGAGAAAACAAACGCGUUCAAGUUCAAAUUGCGAAAGUCGAAAGCUACGCCUUGCAAAGUCAAACGAGUCUGUUUUUAUUUUCUAAUCACAACAGAAUAAUCUAUGAUUUUAUAUGAAUGUUAAUUUUCCAGUAAAAAAAAUCUAUAUAUAUAACAUUUAAAAGCAAAGCGGAUUCCUGCUACACUAACAGUCAGUGAAGAUGGACGUCAGCGUCUCCGUGUCGUUCCUUCAAGACGAGCUCGCCUCUACCAUCGAGCACGCAGUGAAAGCGGCUGUAGACACCGUCUUGUGCCAAAUCACAAAAGUUGUCGGCGGCAAAUUCACUGAAUUCCGAAUGGAAAUGGCUGGAAAGGAGAAAGAGAAUGAAAGUCUGAAGCUGAGAUUGGAAAUAUCAGAGAGCGAGUUGAAAGCAGUGCGGGAAUGCAUGAACGCUGCAGAUGCAGACAUUAAACAACCUCUCAGAAACAUGAACCCCGACUGCAAUGAACAAGACUUUCAGAGGAUCGAGAACCAGGGAUUAUUUCAAGAUCCCAAAGAGAGCCAUGCUGUACCUAAAUCUGAAGCACAGGAGGGGCCAAGGAUAGAAGCAGUUUACACACAAGAGGAGUCCUUUGACCAGGAGUGGUGUGCAAGUCUAAAGCAGGUUACAGAGCUGACAUGUGUUAAAGAUGAAGAGGUCCCUCGACUCGAAUGUGUUCCUAUUAAAGAGGAAUUCAUAGAACAGGAUUGCGUCCCCAUCGCAGAGGAGGUUCCUACUGAAAAUAAUGUCUGUACACUUGAGGAGAACAACACACUGGGAUCCAGCCUGUGUGAUGAUUGUCCACCUGAAUGUGAACUGGGAUUUAGAGCUGCUAAAGGGAAUCACACUGGAGGGACUCGGUUUCCCUGUGCUGAUUGUGGGAAGAGUUUCAGUCGUUUAUCACAUCUUAAAAUCCACCACCGCAUUCACACAGGAGAGAAACCGUAUCACUGUUUUGAGUGUGGGAAGACAUUCAUUCGUGUAGCCCAGCUUAAAAUCCACCAGCGCGUUCACACAGGAGAUAAACCUCAUCACUGCACUGAGUGUGGGAGGAGUUUCACGCAAUUACAAAAUUUUAAAAUCCACCAGCGUGUUCACACAGGAGAGAAACCUUAUCACUGCGCUGAGUGUGGGAAGACAUUCAGUCGUUUAUCACAGCUUAAAAUCCACCAGCGCGUUCACACAGGUGAUAAACCUCAUCACUGCACUGAGUGUGGGAGGAGUUUCACGCAGUUACAAAAUCUUAAAAUCCACCAGCGUGUUCACACGGGAGAGAAACCUUAUCACUGCACGGAGUGUGGGAAGAGCUUCACACGAUUAGAAAGUCUUCAAACACACCAGCGCAUUCAUACAGGAGAGAAACCGUAUCACUGCUCUGAGUGUGGGAGGAGAUUCAGUUGUUUAUCAAACCUUAAAAGACACCAGUGCAGUCAUGCAUGAGAGACACUUCAUCACUGUACAGAACGUGGGAUGAGAUUCACCUGUUUUAAGUUCCUUGAAAAUCCACCAACGGACUCACAAAAAAGAAAUCAAUGUAGUGAAUGCCUGAAGAGGUUCAGUCACAUAUCAUACUUUAAAAGACACCAUAAAUUCACACGAGUGAAGCCCUAUCCCUGUACUGAAUGUGUGAAGAAGUUCAGUAAGUUACUGGGUCUUGAGAGACACAUGAGAAUUCACAGAAUUGAAGCCACUUGAGGACAUCUAAACACCAGGGGUGUAUGUGACUAAAAUACAGAAAUAUUUACUGAAAACAAAAGAAUAUACUUGCUUGAUAAAUAGUGUUACUCUGAAUCACUUCAGAUCAAAAACCUGCAGUCAUAGGUGAAAAAUAUGAACUAUAACAUCUUGUUUGGACCAUUCAUCACAUUAAUAAUCUAUUAAAUAGAUUGUAAUUGCUUCUGCUUUUACAAAAAUAAUUUAAAAGAAUUAUUCCUAAAAACUGAAAUAUUCUCUUCAGAUGUGGUGCUGUCUUUGUCUGUCCUGAAUCCAAAAUAAACAGGAAACACUUCUUGGGGGGGAAAAAACUUGGACACAACAUACCCUGCUUUUUAAAUGUGGACAAUCCUAUCUUGUAGCUGCUGAAUGAAACAUUGAUAAUUUGCUGGUCUAAUAAAUAAAGGUGUAUUGUUAAAAAAAACAUGUUGGUGUUAUGGAAAAUCAUAUCGGUGAUUUAUGUAUGUACGCACCACAUGUAAAAUAUAUUUCAUGAUUCAAAUACAGCUGUGAUACACCUGCACUGUAAUUCAAUUUUGAAUAUAAGCUGUUUUCUAAGAGCACCAUACCAAGUGUUACUGAUUGGCUAAUCAGACUCGCUAUAGUGAAAGAGCACACUGACAGUUACAUGCAGACACGCCUGAAUUCAUUUUGUUUGAAAAUUCAAGAGCUCAAAGCAACGCCAAUGGUCUACAUGAGUGUGCCCCAGACCAAUCCUUUGUGAGUCAAACCAUGCCUUCAAAUGAAAAAGCGUGGAUUUUACAAAUGGAAGAAAGGACCUGGUCAUGAACAUGCGGGCCAAUUUAGGUGUCGAUUGACUUUGCCGUUUAAGACAAGAAGAUUGUUGAAUAUUUGGCGCCAAUCCAGCGUAGCGGGCAAAGUAAUUGUUCGCUCGACCUCGAUUGAUCAUAUGUUUUUUUUAUAGGCCAUUGCUAAAUAUCUGCUGCCAUUGUCACAGUUCCACCUUAAGUUGUUUUUAACAGCAAGAGUUUUGAAAAAUUCCCAAAGUUUCCACGAGAUCCAAUAUGGCGGUCGAACCAUGUGACUUUUUCAUUCGGGGACGCCAGUCUGGUUGUUCAGCCAUAGGCAUCUACUUACGUAUGCGUUUUCAUAACUCUGCAAUGUUGUUUGUGCGGAAUAAUAAUAAUAAUAAUAAUAAUAAUAAUAAACACAGCAAUAACAAUGGGCUUCCCCAGUCUUUGGCUUGGAACCCUAAUUAACACAGAUUAUUCCAUUAUUAGUCAUGUUCAUUAAUAGUGUUAAUUAACGUUUAAACUCUUUUGAAAACAACAAGUAAUGUCUAUGCUUGGUAAUGCACUGUAGUCAUUCAGCAAAAUUUCUUCAGUAAGCCCAGAGCAGGAGAUGGAAUGUUUCAAAAUGCUUUUCUGAGCAUGGUUCUUUGUGAAGUAUUAAAGACUACGUGGAUCUCUGUAAAUAGUGGCUUUUGAAUAGGAUAGUGUGAAAACGAUUCAAGAUUCUGUUUUAGCAGUGUUAAAAGAAACUUUUCUCCCUUUGCAUCAAGUUCCAGUCAAGGUCUCCAAUGCUCCUUCGUUUCUGCCAUGUAACUGAAAGGUAAGGAGCUUUUGUGGAGUGCUCUUUCUAAUAAGUCUUGAAAUACACACUACACUGAAGGUGAUGACGUAUUAACGUCACUGAUAACAGGAUUUAUUUGGCCAGUUUAGGGUUCUGUUGCCACGGUAGCGCAACUAUAGUUAGGGUUGAACUGGGUGCCCCGUUUUAAACUCCUGACUUUGCAGUUUAAUAACUUUUGGCGGGGUUUGUCAAAAUUGCCCACAAACACGCAUGUUCCAUUCACUUGCAAUGUUGUGAAAGCGUGGAGGGUUUUGUGAGAUGUUAAACCGUUCCUGAGAAAAUAAGCGCCUGGUAUCCAGAACUUUGUGAAAUUCUCUCAAAAAAGAAUCCCUCCCCUGAAGCGGUAUGUUUGGAAACAACUCCCUGGCCGAUUGGGCCGUUUCACAAAAGCAACCAAUCAUCUUCUUGUGUCGGCAUGAUUGACGGGGUAGGAUAUCCUGUCACUCCCCUGAAGGAGUGUACUUGUUACACGAGUCGUUUGCUGAUUGGGUCAGCAAAACGGUGUUAAGUGCACAGCAGGCCACUCUGGGAUUUGUAGUUUAGAGGGAGCUGUGAAACAAUGCAAUCUGAUAGACACGCUCUGCAGUUUGAACUACAGCUCCCAGAAUGCACACCAAACUGCUUCAUAAGUCAAAGACAGUAUUUAAGGUGGUAGAACCCUUCAGGUUGAAUUUUAUUCUUACAAUUUCUGAUUUAAAACGGUAUGUUGUGCUGCUUUACGUUGAUUGAUUAUAUUUGAAUUUAACCAAAAAAUAUUGGUAAAUUUAAUAAAUUAAAUACAUUCACAAUGUUGAGUUUUACCAUUUUGAAGCCAAGCCACCUUCAACUAAACUAAAAUAAAGUCCAGGCAGCAAUACAUCACUUACCCAGUGAAACCUUUACUGGGACGACAAUUGUUUUAAAUGGUACAUUUAAAUAACAUCUUGGAGAGGUUUGCAUUACAUGGUUAUUUGGAAUACAAUACAAUGAAAGCAAACACACUCCAUAUUGCAGGUUAAAAAGGCCACACUUUCCAAAGGAAGUCUGUUUGUAUUUUUCUCUGUGCAAAAUUUAGCAAGAAAUCUCUGGUAAUGGGGUAGAAAUAUGCAUGUAUGUGUCUUGUAUUAUUUACUAUAAUAAUGGUCGCCAAGUUAUCUAUCUAUCUAUCUAUCUAUCAUUAUUAUUA